AUGCGUCAAUCAACAGUCCUCACCCUCCUCUCCCUGUCCUCCUCCCUAGCCCUCACCCAGGCUACCCCUUUACCCCUUGAACAACGCAACACCGUCCUCAACGAAUUCCUCUCCGAUCUUCUGGAGUACCUACCAGACAUCAACACCACCAUCAACGACGCAACAACCAUAAUCACCGACUUGGACAGCGUGCUCGCCGCCCUUAUCGGCGCAAACACCACGGAGAAUCAGUUGACCUCCGGAGGAUCAUGUGCUGAAUAUACUCUGAUUUGGGCGCGCGGAACCUCUGAGCCGGGGAAUAUGGGUGUGCUCGUUGGACCACCGCUGGUGUGGGCGUUGCAGGCUAUCGUGGGAACGAGUGGGUUGACGAUUCAGGGGGUUAAUGACUAUUCGGCUUCGGUAGAUGGGUAUCUUGAGGGUGGCGAUCCGAGUGGUAGCUCGAACAUGGCCUCCCUUAUCUCAAAGGCAUACUCCUCCUGCCCAAACACAAAACUCAUUGCCGCCGGAUACUCGCAGGGCUGCCAGGUGACGCACAACGCCAUCUCAAAAUUAGACGCCAAGACAGCUGCUUGGAUUGACAAGGUCUUGCUCUUCGGUGAUCCAGAUGACGGCCAAGCAAUCCCCAACGUCAACGCGGCGAAUGUGUACACCGUCUGCCAUAGCGGUGACGAUAUCUGCCUCAACGGAGACUUGAUUCUUGUGCCGCAUUUGACGUAUGCGGAGAAUGUGGCUGCUGCUGCUGCUUGGGCUACUGCUUGA